UGUUUCACCAGAGGAUUUGAAUAUAAGAAGCAUGAAAGUGAUCAUAAAUAUGAAAUCAUGACGUCAGACUUCCCUGUGCUGGAGCCUGGGUGGACAGCACAGGAGGAGAUGGCCCUGUUGGAGGCAGUCAUGGACUGUGGCUUUGGAAACUGGCAAGAUGUGGCUUAUCAAAUGCGCACUAAGACCAAAGAGGAAUGCGAGAGCCACUAUAUGAAGAAUUUCAUCAACAACCCGCUCUUCUCCUCCACCUUGCUCAGCCUCCGGAAAACAAAAGACUCUCGCUUUGCAGAGGGCGCUAUUCCUUUCAAACCCACUGAUGAUCCCCCUCGGCCCACAUUUGACUCUGUGCUGUCUCGGGACAUGGCUGGAUACAUGCCUGCCAGAGCAGACUUCAUGGAGGAGUUUGACAACUAUGCAGAAUGGGAUUUGAAAGACAUUGACUUUGUGGAUGAUGAUUCAGACAUCCUACGUGCACUCAAGCUCUCAGUUGUUGAUAUAUAUCAUUCAAGACUGAAGGAGCGACAACGUAGGAAAAAGUAG